GAUCCUGCCUAUCCAGCGUGGGCCAGACCUGUGACCUGUCCCUGCCCUUCUAGCCGAGCCUCCUAGGGAACUUCCGGACACCUCCUGACAGAGGAACCUGCCCCCCCAGCAGCCAGGAUGGGGGAGUUCAGUGAGAAGGCGACAUGCGGAACCGUCUGCCUCAAGUACCUGCUCUUCACCUUCAACUGCUGCUUCUGGCUGGCUGGUCUGGCCGUUAUGGCAGUGGGUGUCUGGACGCUCGCCCUCAAGAGUGACUACAUCAGCUUGCUGGCCUCAGGCACCUACCUGGCCACAGCCUACAUCCUGGUGGUGGCCGGUGUCGUUGUCAUGGUGACCGGUGUUCUGGGCUGCUGUGCCACCUUCAAGGAACGGAGGAAACUGCUGCGCUUGUACUUCAUCCUGCUCCUCAUCAUCUUUCUGCUGGAGAUUAUUGCUGGCAUCCUGGCUUACAUCUACUACCAGCAGCUGAACACCGAGCUCAAGGAGAACCUGAAGGACACCAUGACCAAGCGGUACCACCAGCCGGGCCAUGAAGGCGUGACCAGUGCUGUGGACAAGCUGCAACAGGAGUUCCACUGCUGUGGCAGCAACAACUCCCAAGACUGGCGGGACAGUGAGUGGGUGCGCUCGGGCCAGGCCGGCGGCCGCGUGGUUCCCGACAGCUGCUGCAAGACCCUGGUGCCUGGCUGUGGGCAGCGGGACCACGCCUCCAACAUCUACAAGGUGGAGGGCGGCUGCAUCACCAAGCUGGAGACCUUCAUCCAGGAGCACCUGAGGGUCAUCGGGGCCGUGGGCGUUGGCAUUGGCUGCGUGCAGGUCUUCGGCAUGAUCUUCACGUGCUGCUUGUACAGGAGCCUGAAGCUGGAGCACUACUGA